AGGAACCAAGGAGGGGUUUUGACGGAAGCAGCGCGGGUUUCCAGCUACUAGCUGCGCAGUUUUCUUCCUACCUUUCCGCACACACAACAGCUAUUACAAAAGAACAUAGACGCACGUAGGCAUCACCUAAACCGCAACAACACAUUCAUAUACUUAGAACGCAGCCAUGAAGACGUUAGAUCAGUGGCUGGAGGAUUCCGACGAAGAGGAUGACGAAGAAGACGUAAAGCACGACAGCAGUCAAAGCGACGCACACAACGGCUCUGAAGAUCGUCGCUCGUCGACGUCGAGACCGGUCAGCGGCCCUCGUACGAGCGGUGCGCCGUCUCUCGCAGGUAGCCAAGUCUCUGCCCACACACCCACCACAAUCCGCCCCGCCGAACUCUCCGCGGGGGGACCCUACGCACGGCAGGAACAGACGCGCGAAAAGAUGCGGCGUCUGCUCGGCGCGGAUGCCGUGGUGAAAGCGACAACGCCGACGUCCUCCAACGCUAACGACAGCAGCCAUGCCUGGCCGAUUUCUGUCCUGCCUGACCGCACGCAUUUUCCGUUCGGGGCAACGCCCACGUCGACGCAGCCGGCUGAACAAGGAAUGUGGACGCCACCGACGCUGGGCAGCACCAGCGCAUUCACCACCCCGGCGACGGGGCGUCCGUCACCCAACUCGUUUCUGGCGCUCGCUCGUGCCGACACCGCCACUGACUCAAGUCAACUGCCCGAGGUAGAGCGGACCAUGAAGGGGUUCGACGGUGGUGGUGGUAGUGCGGGGACUGGCCCGGCCUACGAGGCGGUGGCGGUGAUGGUGGUAGACCGCGGCACCCAAACGGUGACCUCUGAGGGAACGCAGACGGAGCCGGUGCCGAUCAGCGUGGGCCCUUUCUAUACCGGCCCGUGCCUGCCUCCUGCCUACGGUGGGCAGGGUUGGAUGGGAAAUCCCUAUCGGAACUACAUCAUGUCUCCCCCUCCGCCGUUUGGCCGCGGCGUGGAUAGUCGGCCGUAUCACCAGCAGCUCGACGAUUACGAAAAGAAGGAGACGGAAGAAGCGUCGAGGCUGCGCGAGGAGCUAGGGAUGAUUCAGAACUCCAUCGACAUGCUCAUCGCGCGCUACAAUCUUCCACCACCUCCGCUGUGA